AUGCGACACCACACACUCUUCUUUCUCUUCCUGCUCGCUACCACGAGCAUCCCGACUCUGACGCGCGCGGCGCCCAUCAACUACGUGGCGGCCAGGGGUGCUCAGCCGGCAUUGUACAGCCGCGACUUGAGCAGGUCGGCGGCCAGUCCUCGGGCGCUUGACAACCCAUCCACCGACAUCCUCGAUCGAGACGAAUCCGACAGCGACGUAUUGGAAGCACGCACGGGGGACGGUCAGGAACCCGCCGCCGCCGCCGCCCAAGACAAGAUGGAGGAGCUUGAUCCCGAACUCUUUCCGCGGAAAAGCACGCGGGGGUGGCAAUUCCGACUCUAA